UGUCAGAUACCACCACACACUUAUCGGGGUGUGACUUACGCCAUUUAUAUACUCGGAUAGAGUACUUCCGACCGAUAUAUCUAUAUCGAUUUCCCCUCCUUUUACCUUAUAGUUAGAUAUUUCCGCAGAGUAUCUUUUACUCUUCUUCAAUGCACACACACAUCUUUUGCGUACCUUAUUUGUGUGCUGACAAGUUCUGAGCCUAUUCUUCAACUUAUGAUUCCAAGCCUAAGAACCUGGGUUUCCCGCUAAAAGAAUGUCCGUAUUAUUUACUCUUGGGUCGAACGGCUCAGGUCAGCUCGGAAUAUCCCACAAAGAAGAUGUUUCGGUCCCCAAACAGGUCAUAUUCCACCCAGAGUCCCCGGCCUCACCCGUGUCCAAGAUAGCAGCCGGUGGAAACCACACCAUUAUUCUUACCGCAGAUGGAAAACUCUACUGGAGCGGUGAUCCUAGCUCUGGCGCUUGUGGUCUUACAUCAUCCGCUUUGACCAAUGAACUCGUCUUUCAACCCGUCCAGCUCGCGAAAGAAGACGAUGUAGCUACCGGCACGAAAGACGUGGCACUGAUCGCGGCCACUUGGGAAGCGACAUUCAUUGCCAAGCGGGAUGGCCAGGGUAAAUUCACCGAGCUGUACAGCUUUGGUUCCGGUGGGAAAGGCGAGUUGGGUCAUGGGGAGUCGCUUGUUCGCUCGCCUUCCGCCACGCGCUUCAAGGACUUUCCACCCCCAGGAACCGAAGUUGUGGAUCUCGCGGCUUGCAUGGGACACGUGGUUGCUGUACUAAACAAUGGGGAUGCAUAUUCAUGGGGCAACGGACGCAAGGGCCAGGCCGGUAGCCCUGAGGGUAUCAUUUAUACGCCCAGGAAGGUCGAGGGAAUCGAUUUCAAGAUCGUGCGAGCCGUGUGCGGCCGGGAAUUUACGUGCUUGUUCGGCGAGCCCGAAACGGGUCGCCUGGAAACCCUGGGGUCAGACAAAUGGCACGUUCGGUCGUCGGCACCGCCACAAGUUCCAGGGUGGAAGGACGUCGGAGCCGGCUGGAGCAAUGUGUACGUCUUGAAUCAAAAUGGGUCACUCCUGUCCUGGGGCCGGGAUGACCACGGACAGCUUUCGCCGCCGAAUCUGCCCAAGCUCUCCAGAAUUGCUAUCGGAAGCGAGCAUGUCGUAGCUUUGACCGAUGACGGCGACGUAUUGUCUUGGGGCUGGGGAGAACACGGCAACUGCGGACCGCAAGCGGAAAACAACAAUGUCAAGGGCCGCUGGAAUGUCAUUGCCUCUUCAAAAUUCAUUCCGUCCGGUUCUAAUAUUACAGGCAUUGGUGCUGGCUGUGCAACAAGCUGGGUCAACAUUACGACUGGUUGAACAUCCAGUCGAAUCGGAUGGGGAUAUGCUGUCCCAUUGGCCAUCGAAAUUC